AUGUGCUUACGUUACUCUGCCUGUGGACGCGGUGCCCCAGACGGCUCUAGCGGUUGCGACUGCCUCCAGUGUAUGCGGACGACCACGCCGCUCGCUCCUCGCCAGCGGGUGCACGGGCGGCGACGAGGCGCAGCUUUGCAUGUGCGCGCGAGCACGCGCGCGCGCUAUGCGCCGGCACUCGUGCGAGCGUGCGUGUAG